UUUUAUUGUGGAAAACUGUGUCCGGAAGUAACAUCUAUUUUUAUUCGGUCUCUGCAUCUACCGUUACGGUAUGUGACUGAGAAAGACUUGUACGUUACGGGAAGAGGAGAAGAGACUGUAGACGAGGGAUCGAUUAUAAGACUGGUGUUUUCAGGUGGCACAAAGCCUUUGAAGAUCGACACCGUCCACAAAACCCAAAUUAUUCCGCUGGAUUUGGAAACGUUUCUGUAACGGUGACCGCUUAUUUGAUCCGAUACGGGAUGUCUGGACAGAGCAUUACAGACAGGAUAACCGCCGCUCAGCACAGUGUCACCGGCUCGGCGAUUUCCAAAAUUGUGUGCAAGGCGACCACACAUGAAAUAAUGGGACCAAAAAAGAAACAUUUGGAUUAUUUGAUUCAGUGCACAAAUGAGAUGAAUGUGAACAUCCCUCAGCUGGCUGACACACUGUUUGAGAGGACCGCCAACACCAGCUGGGUGGUUGUGUUCAAGUCCCUCACCACCACACACCAUCUGAUGGUCUACGGCAAUGAGAGAUUUAUACAGUAUCUGGCUUCAAGGAACACACUAUUCAACCUCAGCAAUUUUUUGGACAAAAGUGGCCUACAAGGCUAUGAUAUGUCAACGUUCAUAAGGAGGUAUAGCCGCUACCUGAAUGAGAAGGCUGUGUCCUACAGACAAGUUGCUUUUGACUUCACUAAAGUGAAAAGAGGGGCUGAUGGAGUGAUGAGAACCGUGAACACAGAGAAACUCCUCAAGACCAUCCCUAUCAUCCAAAAUCAGAUGGAUGUGUUACUUGAUUUCAAUGUCAAUGCCAAUGAACUGACAAAUGGUGUGAUCAACGCAGCCUUCAUGCUUCUGUUCAAAGAUGCCAUCCGACUGUUUGCAGCAUAUAAUGAGGGCAUUAUCAACCUCCUGGAGAAAUACUUUGACAUGAAAAAAGUCCAGUGCAAAGAAGGACUUGACAUCUACAAGAAAUUCCUUACACGAAUGACUAGAAUCUCAGAGUUCCUCAAAGUUGCAGAGCAAGUCGGAAUCGAUCGAGGAGACAUCCCCGAUCUGUCGCAGUUUACAGUCUGUGCCCCCAGCAGCCUGCUUGAUGCCCUGGAGCAGCACUUGGCCUCUUUAGAAGGAAAAAAAGUCAAAGACUCAACAGCAGCCAGCAGGGCCAGCACCCUCUCCAAUGCAGUCUCCUCCCUGGCCAACACCGGCAUAUCUUUCACCAAAGUGGACGAGAGGGAAAAACAGGCCGCCCUGGAGGAAGAGCAGACUCUCCUAAAAACACUAAAAGAGCAGCGUCUGAAAGAGCUCCAAAAGAAUCCUACUGCAGCAACCACGGACUCAUCCCCUGACUCCACGAUGGGUGGGACCAUAAACUCAGCUCCUGCCAUUGACCUCUUCUCCACCCCCAGCUCCACCAACAGCACCUCCAAGGCAGCCAAUGAACUGCUGGACCUGCAGCCAGCUUUCCAGCAGCCACUGCCUCUCUCCACCAGCAACACAUGGGGAGAACCUUUCACCUCUGCUGCAGAAGCUGUGGAGGAAUCCAUUCCCAACUCAAACCCUUUCCUCACACUACCUAUUGUCGAUGCUGUCCACCUGUCCACAGCGUCCUCGGACGCUGGCAGCCUGUCCUCUAGGACUCCUAGCCAUGAAGUGUUUGACUCCUUCUGUGGGCCAAGCCCUUACAACACCACUCCACUCUUCCAAUCUGAGUCCCCAGCUGUUGCUGGUCUAUUCAGAGGGUUUACAGGCUCCCCAACACCCCAGCAGCCACAGAACCCUCGAGGCCUUAAUGUUGACUUUGAGUCAGUAUUUGGCAACAACACCAAUGCUAACAACAUGGAUUCUACAGAUGUUUUAGGUGAUAUCCUCAAACCCACAGUGGCAUCCUCACUCAAUCAGGGCAUGACCCUGAACGGCCAACAGGCCCACAAACUGGUAUCCAGCGACCUGGACUCGUCACUGGCCAAUCUUGUUGGCAAUCUGGGAAUUGGCAACGGCACGUCAAAGAAUGAUCUUCACUGGAGUCAGCCUGGUGAGAGGAAGCUGACAGGUGGAAACAACUGGCAACCCAAGACGGCUCCUAAUACCACCUGGAACCCUGCAGCCAUGGCACCAUCUGUCAUGGCAUUCCCUGCAACCACACCGACAGGCAUGAUGGCAUAUGCAAUGCCUCCCCACAUGGGGUCCAUGAUGAUGACGCAGCCCACUAUGAUGUACACCCAGCCUGUGAUGAGGCCAGCCAACCCCUUUGGCCCCAGUCCAGGUGCACAGAUGCAGUUUAUGUAACCUGAAAGGUGGGCGGGUCUUUCCCAUCUGAAGAUGAUUCACGAAGUCAACUAUCCAAGCACUGUCUCUGAGAAUUAAAGGCCCAAAUAAGACUUAUUGAAUAAAAUCUGGGAGCAGCUCUGACCAUCUCAGAGAGGCAUCACAGCGGACAUUGUGCCCAUCUAGUCAUGUCGAAGUCACAGAAGGAGAAGAAGAGUGCGUGCUGCCAUUCAAAACCAUGUGGACAGGAAUCAGCCCCUACUUUAUAGAAACACAACACCCGAGAGAAUCACUGUUUAUGUACCUGGGGAAAAAACAGUCAGGUUGUCACACAUACGCUAUUUGAGUUGUCUUUUUUUGUUCCUCUUUCUCCAGGUGAGGCUGGGAGAGUCACUUCUUUUGAUUAUCAAUCAAUGGUUACCUUCUUAAAGCAUCCCCAAAUUAGGAAAACAAUUGCAAACUCCUCUUUAUACCACACUUUUGUAUGUAUUGUUUGUAGUAGACAUUCCUUGUGUAUUGCUUGUAUUUAUUCAUGAUUACCUACAGAGAAGAUGACAAGAAAAGUAAAUGUAACUAGUCACCGACCUCCCCCUUGUGGAAGGUCUUCAGGUUUAUACAUGGGUAUGAUUGAUUGUAGAAUUGGAUUUUGAGUGAUUGAGAUGAUUUUUUUUUUUUAAAAGAGGUUAAUAUAAAGUUUAAAGAGAUGACCCAUUUUGCUGUUGGGGCACUAAAUACUCUCUGUACUCGCAUGAUGCCUUGUAUAGUUAUCUGUGGCUCCAGGGGUCACACUGAGGAUCUGUAUGAACGUUAUAAUUCAUUAACACCGUCAAAUCGGUGGUGGGGUCGAUUUCUACAAAUUUGGCGAGGGAACAUUUUUCACAACAGCAGAAGCACUACAUUUUGUUAUCGAGGCAGCAUAAUCAUUGGAAAGGAAUCUGCAUUUAUGCUUUUGUCGCUUUUGGCAUGCCAUUUAUUCUUACAUUUAACAAAGCUCCUGGCUGCCCUUUUCCAACCUGAAUGUGCAGGGUCCCUUUCAUGCUCAGAUCAUGUUUCCAUAGGCGAGCACUGGGGCAUUUAGGACAAUGUGGGGGCAAAGGGAAGCAUUGGGUGUAGGCUUAGGUCAGAAUGGUAACGGAGGGGUGGGUGGGGAUGGGGUGGUGUAGAGAGGUCUAGUUGUUCAGGAGAAUAGAGCACUGUUGAUCGGUGCUUUGUGUAUAUAAAACUUUUCCUGCCAAUCAGUGGUUGAGUGCAGGUGUGAAAGAUGGUUUGAACAUAAAAGUGGCCCUGGAUCCAUUAACUGAGCACAUUUGCUGCAUUGUCCCUGCAGAUUAUAUUUUUGUUUGUUUGAUUUUUCCAAUAAAGUGCAAGCUUCCACACUU